CAGCAGCAACACCAGUUUAUUUUUGCUAAACGCUGUGCUUUUAAAUUAAACAAUUUUGUAAUACAUAUUAAGUUUUGCCUAACGUUUACGCUUGCAACGCCGUGCAACAACGCCAGUGCACUAAUGUCCAUAACCUUACUGCGAGGUGGUGGCAAGCAAAAGACAACCACUUGCGUAGGAAUGACCGUAAUGGCCAAAACUACAAUUGAAGAAAUAUGCGAGAAUGCCAAAUUAGCAAGAGAUAUGGCCCUGACUGGCAACUACGACUCGGCCUGCAUAUACUACGAGGGCUUACAGGGCAUGUUGGCGCGUUUGCUUAAAAGCACCGUUGACCCCUUGCGCAAGGGCAGAUGGAGUAUGAUAAACAAUCAAAUUAAUCAGGAGCAUGCCAAGGUGAAGAAUAUACAACGCACAUUGCAGGAUAUUUCAUUAGAUUUGCAGCAAACAAAAUUUGCUCAUAAGCUGCGUGCGCAGCUAAGCGAUGACAGUGAAGUGAAUAAAGAUCCCGCCGCCUGGUUUCGACCUGAUCCAGAUAUAUGGACGCCGCCGCCCAAAGACCCAGAUGUCUGGGGACCACCAAAACCGCCGCCACCUGCACAAACAGUGGUGCGGCGUGCCACUAGCACAACUAACAAUCGCCGAACAAACGCGGGCACUACACAAAGUAACAGCGGCAGGCCCAGCACAAUCCCACAAAGCACCGCACGCAAUGGCGCAGCACGCAACACGCGCAACUCUUCAGCUGCCUCCACAUCGAACAACGCACGUGGCAGCGGCGUCAAUGGACGCGCGCCAGGACGCAAGCUCUCCACCUCCAACAACAACAAUAACAAUAAUAAUAAUAACAACAAUGAUAGCAAAGAUGAUGAUGCCACAGCAGCGGGCAGCAAUGGCACCACAGCUGACGGCGACUCUGGCGAUACACAAGCCAACGAGGAGGAGCGUAAAUUUCAGCCCAACAAUCACAUCGAAGCUGAGCUUGUGGACAUACUGGAACGUGAUAUAUUGCAAAAGGAUCCAAGGGUGCGCUGGAGCGAUAUUGCUGAUCUGCACGACGCCAAACGCUUGCUGGAAGAGGCUGUGGUAUUGCCCAUGCUGAUGCCAGAUUACUUUAAGGGCAUACGACGUCCUUGGAAAGGUGUAUUGAUGGUCGGCCCACCAGGCACGGGCAAGACCAUGCUAGCCAAAGCGGUAGCCACUGAAUGCGGCACCACCUUCUUCAAUGUCAGCUCGGCCACGUUGACAUCCAAAUAUCGCGGAGAGUCUGAGAAAAUGGUGCGUCUGCUGUUUGAAAUGGCACGCUUCUAUGCACCCAGCACCAUAUUUAUUGAUGAGAUUGAUUCGCUGUGCUCGCGACGCGGCUCUGAGUCGGAGCACGAAGCAUCGCGACGUGUCAAAUCGGAACUGUUGGUGCAAAUGGAUGGCGUGGGCGGUGGCGAGGAGCAGGCUAAGGUGGUAAUGGUGCUGGCUGCCACCAAUUUCCCCUGGGACAUAGAUGAGGCACUGCGUCGGCGACUGGAGAAGCGUAUCUAUAUACCGUUGCCAUCGGAUGAGGGACGCGAGGCGUUGCUGAAAAUCAAUUUGCGUGAGGUAAAAGUGGAUGAAAGUGUCGAUCUCAAGAAUGUGGCCAAUCAGCUAAGCGGAUACUCUGGAGCAGAUAUAACCAAUGUGUGCAGGGAGGCAAGCAUGAUGUCAAUGCGACGCAAGAUCGCCGGCUUGACGCCAGAGCAGAUACGACAGCUAGCUACGGAGGAGGUGGAUCUGCCUGUGUCCAAUAAUGACUUCAACGAAGCCAUUGGCCGCUGCAAUAAGAGCGUAUCCAGAGCGGAUCUGGACAAGUAUGAGAAAUGGAUGAAGGAAUUCGGUUCGUCAUGAUGGCGUUGCCGCUGCAUAGAAAUUCCAGCAAUUUUAGCAAUAAACAUUUACAUAUAUUUUUGGAGAACACAACAGCAACUGCAACAACAAAAAUCACGCAUAGUUUUUUAA